GCCGACGCGCUCGCCGAGUGCGCUUCACCUCGCCCGUGUCUCUACCCUCCCCCGUAGCCGCCCGCCAUGGGCGUCAUUAAGAAGAAGACGGGCGCACGCGGCACCGAGGGCGGCACCAAGUACGUGUGCGACGUGUGCUCGUCCGACAUCACGUCGACGGUCCGCAUACGCUGCGCCGAGGACGUCUGCCACGACUACGACCUCUGCGUGCCAUGCUUCUCCGAGGCCAAGGCCACAAAGGACCACCAGCCCGCCAAGCACAAGUUCAAGGUCAUCGAGCAGCACUCGAUCCCCAUCUACACCGAGGACUGGGGCGCCGACGAGGAGCUGGCCCUGCUCGAGGGCGCAGAGACAUAUGGCCUCGGCUCCUGGGCAGACAUUGCCGACCACAUUGGCGGCUUCCGCGAAAAGGACGAGGUGCGCGACCACUACAUCGACACGUACCUGAACAGCCCAUGCUUCCCGCUGCCCGAGCACUGCACCAAGGAUGACACCGAGCUCAGCACCCGCAUCCCGCGCCAUGAGUUCCAGGCGAGGAAGAAGCGCCGCAUUGAGAAGAAGAAGGAGGAGGCGGCUGCGCGCGAGCCCGACGCGCCCAAGCAGAAGCCCACGGCCAGCGUGCCCGCCUGCCACGAGGUCCAGGGCUACAUGCCCGGCCGCCUGGAGUUUGAAACCGAGUACUUCAACGAGGCCGAAGAGGCGGUCCAGCACAUGCAGUUCGACCCCGGCGAUGGCAUCAACCCGCGCACCGGCGAGAUCGAGCCCGAGAUGGAGCUGAAGAUGGUCAUUAUGGAAAUCUACAACCACCGCCUCGACCUGCGCGUCGAGCGGAAGAAGAUUAUAUUCGAGCACCAGCUGCUCGAGUACCGCAAGAACCAGCUGGCAGACAAGAAGCGCACCAAGGAGGAGAAGGAUCUCAUGAACAAGGCCAAGCCGUUUGCGAGGAUGAUGCUGCACUCCGACUUUGAGCAGUUCUGCAAAGACCUCGAGUACGAGCAUAACCUGCGCCAGGCCAUCUCGCAGCUGCAGGAGUGGAGGAACAUGCAGAUUACCAGCCUCAAGGCGGGCGAAAAGUACGAGCAGGAGAAGCAGCAGCGCCAGACCAGACCGCCGCCCAUUGGGCAGUUUGACCGCCUUGCGUCGAGCAGGAUGGCCAAGCCGCAGCCGCCCUUUGAGCAGCCAUCGGCGGCCACGGCACUGCUGGGACAAGAGCUUCCCUUGCACAUCAGACAGAGCAGCGGACUGACUACUCCGCCGCCCGACGGCGCCUCGAGCGGCGCCAACGGUGCAAACGGCGCUCUCACACCGCAGCAGACAAAAACCAAGUUUGUGCCCAAGCCGCUUCCCAACACGGUGCCGCUCAAGUUUGGCAAAGAGUCCAAGGCGGACCUGCAGCUGCUCAACUCGGAGGAGGUGGAGCUGUGCAGCGUGCUGCGCAUCAUGCCAAAGCCCUACCUCGCGCUCAAGGAGACGAUGAUCCGCGCCGCCCUUAACAACGGCGGUGCGCUCAAGAAGAAGACGGCCAAGGAAAUGUGCAAGAUUGACGCCAACAAGUCGUCGCAGCUGUUUGACUAUCUGGUGCACAGCGGGUGGAUCGCGCGGGCGUAGCGAGUACUUGUUGAGCGGGUUGGCGUUGACGGGGACAAAGCUGCUGAUUCACUGGCGUCUAGGUAUAGGGAUACCCUGGUCACGGGAGGCGUUGUAUAUUCGUAGAUGGCAUAAGCGCUCGCACAUUGCUUGUUGAAUAAAGC